ACCGGGGUGAGUAAACUCUGGCGACUAUUAUCAGCGGCCACCUCCGAUAGAUAUCAAUGCAGGUUGGCGAUAGAGAAUACUAAAGCUGUCGAUACAUUAUAAAAAUCGCUACUUUCAUGGCGGGGAAUGAUAUUUCUAGAUACGUAGCAUAAUUACACGAAUGAAUAGAUUCAUCAUCACAUAAUACCUAAGAUUUCAUCAUGUCACCAAGUGCUAUCAGUCCAGAGACGAGUUUUACGGUCGCACCAAUGAAGAAAUCGCUCAAGGAGAAACACAAUUACGGCGCAAUCGUUACCGAUAUUGAUUUGAAUGAUAUCAAUGACGACGAUGUCCGCUACCUCUCAGACGCAAUCUGGACCCACAAAGUCAUCGUAGUCAAAGGACAGAAGGAUCUCGAGCCAAUCAAGCAAUGGGAACUCGUAACGCGCUUCGAUCCCAAUGCGCCGCAGGUUCAUUCCCACGGCGAUGUGAAGACCUUCAACAGCAAGGGUGGAUUGCUUUCCAAAUCUCGCGAAGUUGUAGGUAUUCCAGGUGCUGAGAACGUUCGUCUAAUUGGAAAGGGCUUCCAAGGGGAAGAUCACUAUGGUGUCAAGAACAUGACCAUUACCAAACCACUCUCCCAUGACUGGCACCAUAAGGAACUACCGCAAGAGGAAUUUGACGCGGGGAACACACGCUUCCAGCGCUGGCAUAUCGAUGCGCCACUCUAUGGGAGGGACCCUGCUUGGUUUACAACGUUGCGCUGUAUCAAACGGCCUACUGAGCCCGAAGUCAAUAUUCGAUGGGAUGACGGUUCUGGUCUCAGCAUGAAGGUAGAGCCGGGCCUAACCGCGUUCAUCAGCAACGUCCAAACGUACGAGAUGAUGUCGGAGGAUGAGAAGAAGAUGGCCGACCAUAGUUGGGUCGAAUAUGCACCUCACCCAUACAUGUGGAUAGGCGACUGCAAGGGGUAUUCCAACGGCCUUGGCCUCGUUAGCGAAGGCAAAGAGAAGAAACUCGAAGACUUAGGUGACUUCGACCUAAAAGACGUGAAAAGGUAUCCAAUGGUUUGGGUCAAUCCCGUAACUGGCGAGAAAGCAUUCCAGGUCCAUGGAAUCUGCGCGAGGAAGUUGUUCAUUCGCUCAUCCCCAGAGGAGGAACCGCAGGUAAUUGAAGAUGUCGUAGAGAUCAGGAAAUUGUUGAAGUCCAUCCAAGAACGAGUACUAAAGCCGGAGUAUAUUUUGAUUCCGAGUUUAGGGGAGGGCGAUAUCGUCAUGUGGGCCAACUACCAGAUGUUUCACACGGCUGUCGACUAUCCUGCUUCCUAUGGGCCGCGGACUAUGCACCAAGCCAACAUUGCUUCUUCUGCCCCGCCACUAGGACCGAAUCCAGUCCCGAGCAUGGCUUAAAAUUGUAACUCAGAUGUAUAUCCUUGGAUUUGGGGAAGUGCUCGUCUUUCGUUGGACUAAAUACUAUUAUUGUAAUUCAGUCGUCGCAAUACCCACAAAUUGCUCUUUAGUCGUGGGUCUUG